AGUUAAAGAGGAAAAAGAGCAUACUAUUGAAUAGUGUUAGCCUCGUUAUUUAUUAGGAAGCACAAACACCAAUUGCCUUCACUCAUCAUAGACACAGUUUGUGAAACUACAUACCUUAGAAUAAUGUCUUGGUUCCUUGUAAUUCUGUUUCUCAGUCUCACAUAUGGUAGUGCUUCGGAGACUAGCCAUGACAAGAAGCAUCCUUCUGCUGUUGUGGUUGGCUCGGUCUAUUGUGACACUUGUUUUCAACAGGAUUUCUCCUCAAAAACUCAUUUCAUUUCAGGUGCCUCAGUAGCUGUGGAAUGCAAAGUUGGGAAUUCAAUAGUACCAAGUUUCAAGAAAGAAGUGAAGACAGAUGAGCAUGGAGAAUUCAAAGUGCAGCUACCUUUCAAAGUGAAGAAACAUGCGAAGAGAAUCAAGAGAUGCACUUUCAAAUUGAUAAGUAGCAGUGAGCCUCACUGUGCUGUGGCCUCAGUUGCUACCUCUUCUUCAAUGAGUCUCAAGACAAGAAAGCAAGGAGAACACACAUUCUCAGCAGGGUUGUUCUCAUUCAAGCCUAGAGAAAAACCAAACUUUUGUAACCAAAAACAAAGUGAUCCAAACUCCAAGGCACAUGUUCAUGAGAAAAAUGAACUUCCUAGAAAUACAUACCCUUUGACACCAUCAAAAGUUCAUACGAGAGUGUUGAAACUCAAUCCAACAAAAAGCUCAGACAAACCUCACCCAGAUAAGAAUUUAGGUGAAGACUUCUUUUUUCCUCCAAACCCAUUUUUUCCACCACCAUUGAUCCCUAACCCAUUUCAGCCUCCACCCCUCAUUCCAAACCCCUUUCAGCCACCUCCUCUAAUUCCCAACCCAUUUCAACCACCAAGCCCACCACCUCUGAUUCCAAACCCAUUCCAGCCUCCAAGCCCACCACCCCUUCUCCCAAACCCAUUCCAGCCUCCUCCAAGCCCACCACCUCUCUUCCCUAACCCAUUCCAGCCUCCCCCAGCAAGGCCACCAUCUUUGUUUCCUCCUUUCCCACCAAUUGUAAUACCUGGCUUAACUCCAUCACCACCACCACCUCCACCACCUGCACCAAUUUUCCCUGUCCCUUUCCCUCCACUAUUCCCACCUCUGUUCCCUCCACCUCACAGUCCUGGCACACCCCCUUCUUCAUCUUCUUCUAAGAACACUUCUCCUUGAUUGAACAGAUGAGGAAAGCUAGCCAUCAUAUAUCUCAUACUCACCUACUAGUACUUUUUUUAAUUAUUAGUUAAAAUUCAGUAAAAAUUACAAAUUUUAUAA